AUGUCUCCCCACGAAGGACUAGUUCACCCCAAGGAAUACGACGUCAAAGAUAGUAAUGUGGAGCUAAUCGGAUCCGACCUCGACCACCGCGUCAAGUACAAUUUCGCCGCCAGCGAGCCAGCCUGGAACAGCGGCAAGAUCGGCCAAGAAGCCGGGCUCUACAUUUGGCGCAUCGAAAACUUCGAAGUCAUCCCCUGGCCCAGGGAAAAAUUUGGCCAAUUCUACGAUGGAGACAGCUUCAUCGUGCUGCACUCGUACAAAGUCGGCGACGACAAACUAGGCCAUGACAUCUUUUUCUGGCUCGGCAGCAAGACUACUCAGGAUGAAGCCGGUACCGCCGCUUACAAGACCGUUGAGCUGGAUGAGUUCCUUCAUGGUGCUGCGACCCAGCAUCGUGAGGUGCAGCAGUCCCCCUCGGAUGAGUUCUUGGCGCUAUUCCGUCACAUCUCUAUCCGGUCUGGUGGUGUCCGGUCUGGCUUUACACAUGUCGAGCCUGAGGCUAAGAAGGAUAUCCUGACACUUCUGCGGAUUUUCAAGCACCCUGGUGCUGGCCGGAUUGAUUCGCUCAUCGUGCAUGAGGUCGAGCCGACCUGGCAGAGCCUCGAUGAGAACGAUGUCUUUGUUUUGGAUAAGGGAGACAAGAUCUGGGUUUGGCAGGGGAAGAAGUGUAGCCCGAUGGAGAAGGCGAAGGCUGCGCAGGUGGUCAAUGAUAUGACUCUUGCGAAGCAUGUUGAUGUUGAGGUCCUCUCGCAAUUGGAGUCGAGGUCGAGGCUCAUUGUCGAUUUGCUCGGCGGGAAAGAAGAGGCUCCGUCUACUUUGGAGGCGCCGAGACCCGGUCGUUUCGGGAAGAGGUCGAGCGAGACCAGUGCUGAUUCUCCAUCGCGCAAGCUGUUCAGACUCAGUGAUGCAUCGGGCGACUUGUCCUUUGAUCUUGUCAAGGAUGGACAACGUGUCAACCGGUCCGAUUUCGAUGGAAAGGAUGUCUUCCUCUACGAUACUGGCAGCAGACUCUGGGUUUGGCAGGGAUCUGAAGCUAGUGCGAGCGAGAAGGCUAUGUGGCUCAGGGUUGCUCAAUUCUACGUCCGCAAGAUCCAAGAGAGCGUGCAGUCUUCAGAGGCAUACCUCAAACCUAUCUCCAAGGUUUCCCAGGGCCAUGAAAGCCCUGCGUUCUUGAAGGCCCUCGAGGUCUAA